CGACUUUGGACGCCCUCUGUUGACUCGCAACUGAAUGCUGAAGGCCGAAGUGUAUCAGCCACGGACAGUUGAUAAAUCAAGGACAGGUAUCAAUUCUAACGGUUUUCGCCCUUUUUCGUUAACCUGGCAGACACUGAGGUGCACGCGUAUAUGUGCCAUUCGUAACGCGCGCUCAAGGAUCGUGUCUUCAGCACAGCCUUGGCGACCAAUGCAAUGUCAGGCCUGUGGUUGGCCAAGUUCGUGAGUCAAACUGAUCAUUGCUCAAAGUCUCCACAACUCAGGAGGGCUGGUGGGUGACGUGAGAGGUGGAAAAACUGCACGUGUUUGACUCGAACUAUACCAGUGAUAGCUCUAUUCACGAGCUUGUGGCAUUGUUGAGAGCGUGGGUGUGAGAUAUCGGGAUAUAGCUAUGGUGCUUAUUUAAACAUAAUACGCCAGAGUAAACUAGGAGGAAAAGUGAGGGUUGAGCGAAACCCGGCGACUAAUGUUGCAAAAGGGAAUUCUUUGCAUGUAAACAGCGGUUGCCCAACGCACACAAAAGAAAUACUAUAAUAGCAACGAGAUCCAACCAUCCGCGACUCGACGAAAUGUGCCCUGCAUAGAUUUGCGUGCACAAGCCAUUGGCUGUGUACAAAAGAAGCUAGGUCACGUCGCGCGCAGAACGGUUGUGUUUGUUACCCUAUUGAGAUGCGGCAUUGUCCAUUCCGGACACACUUCCCUCAAAGUUCUGCCAAACACCAAGAGGGAAAAACAGAGAUAGUACCCAGCUUACUGAAAGAGGAUAUGAUACCAGAUAACAGACUUCGUCAUUGCGCCAACCGCUGUAAUUGUUUACUCUCUGCGGUUCGAAACUACCGUUUUGGAAUCAUUGAACAGGACUUCACUGUGGUUCCUGCGGAGUGAACAUGUAUACAUGGACACACGUACAUGAAACCAAACCGUCAUCCAGCCGACCGUUCAGUAUUGUCAGUGCAUCACCUUUAAUCCAUUCAGCUUUGCGAGUGAUCAAAUUCGACGGGUCGUAGGCUCCAAGCUCUUUCCCUGUUUGAAGACCGACAGAAGAGCUCAGUCUGGAUUUGGGCCUUUUCUGGAUGGCAUUGGACAGCGAUAUCAUCAAACGUCUUGUUACACUGGCGCAACCAACUCAACAGCGGAACUGGCUUUGUGCGAAACCGGGAUCUGUACGGAUUAUGUGCAAGGACAACUGAUGGCCUGCCCGCAGGUUUAGUUCAACAUUGUGCCGGUGUUUGUCCAAGCGAACUGUUAGCGCCCGUUCCCACUAAAUUACGGCCGCUGUCAUGCACACGUCGCGUAACAAAGAUUGAAUUGUCACACGUCGCUUACUCGUAUGCAAACUUUAACACUUGGUUCUUCCACAGCCCGAGAUAACUCAUUUAAGAAGAUUCCGCUUAUCUGUUCACUCUAUCAUCUUUUGGACUGAGAUUGUGACAGUCUCUCUCAAUUCUAAGCCACAAUCGUCCCUGUCCAUCCAACUCGAAGAUUUGCCCCACCCCCCCAUUUACAACAUCACCUUGGACUUUCUCCUGCGGCUCUAUCUCUGUCUAUCGUCAGAAGGGGAUUAACCCUUUAUUUUCGACAGUCGACGGCGUUACAUUGACGUGGAUACCCACUGAAUGCUCACUCAAUUGGAGGCUCUCGGCGGCAGAUGUUGGAAAUUUCACGGUCGGCCGCCCUAGUGCUCCCGUCCUCACUCUGUUGAAACGAUUUGCCUUUCCGUCAUUCGUCGGAACGCUGUGGUGUUAUCACGAGGAAUCGUGUUUUGUCCUAAUGAAAUAAAUCCCAACUGACUAAUUUGGCAUCCAUUUGUCUUUAGUGAGAUCGAAACGACCGUAAUUUCCCAAAAAUAUUCUAACGACCAAUUCCCCAAGGAGCAAUUGCGCACGAAUUGGAAGUUGAAAUCGUGUUGAUUUUCCUCCAGGUGUAAUUAUAAUCUACGUCCGUUUAAAGUACAUGUAUUUACUACUUACUUAGGGGACCUUGACUUAGGGGACCUAGCAUGCGGCUAGGUACGGGGCAAGCGGGUCUUUAAUCACAGUAAUUGUGACGUUUUCUGGCUGUUAAGACCCACGAGCAAGACCCACCAGCACGAACUUGCAAUUUGCCUUGUUACAACCUCUUACAUCACCGUAUGUCGGAUGUGAUCCUUAAAAUUUGUUUUCAGAAUCUGAAAUCACCAUUAAUGCAUAAAUAUCGCUAGCGGUUCGACAGCUUUUCGUGCAGAGAGCUUAACUGUUUACGACCUCACACGUUCAACGCUGAUCUUGCCGAGAUACAGUUGCAGUUUGCAACUUACUGUUAGUCACAGUAGAUUUUGCUGACCGAUAACAUUCAGUUUUGACUAUGGAGACACCCACAGAAGUGGGAAACACGCUGGUGUAUCUCUUGUACAACGCCAGUAUGAACGACACCACCGAGGCGGGGCCGGUAGAGAGCCCAGCCCUGAGACUUGUGCUGUGGGCCGUCUUGGACGGCAUCAUCGGCUUCCUGGGCGUAGUGGGCAACGGUCUAGUCCUUCUGGUCUUCUUCCGGGGCAAGUCCUCCCGGAACCUGAUCAACCUGUUCAUCAUCAACCAGUCUAUGAUCGACUUCACCAGCUCCGUCAUCUUUCUCCUGAUCCACUUGGGCCCCAAGUUCGAGCUGGAGCCGGGCCACGGCGGCCACCUGAUCCUAUGCAAGAUCUGGGUGUCCGAGUACGUCAUGUGGGCGCUCUUCAUCUCCUCCAGCAUCAACCUUGUCUGCAUCACGCUGGAGCGGUACGUGGCCACGCUCAAGCCAGCCUGGUAUAGGAAGAAAGUGGCCGCCGUCAAGAAGCGGAUCGUGCCCGUGGCCGUCGUGGUGUGGUGCUCGGGUUUUCUCAUCGAUGCUUUCUGGGCGUACGUGCAGCAGGUCCUGCCGGGCAACCUCUGCGUGCCCGUCUACAAGUCGACGGUAUGGCAGGGUGUCGGCGGUGUCAUGAUUUUCUGCGUGACCUAUCUGAUACCGCUGACAGUCAUGGCUUACUGCUACUCAAGGAUCAUCCGUAAACUCGGCAAGCAGGCGGCCAAGGUGCAGUCCCAAUCGCCGGCGCGGUCCGUGUCGCGCAACGUCACCGUCAACGAGCAGGCCUCGGGCUCCGGCGCCAGUGGUUCGCUCCUAGGAGGUAACAACAAGAAGUCCAUCCGUUCCUCCGCGAGUUCGCGGGCCAUGAAGAACGUCAUCAAGACCAUGAUGAUCGUAUCAGCCACCUAUGCCAUAACAUGGGCGCCCAUAGCCUUCAACUAUGUCAUCUACAACCUGGGUGGUCCGUUAGAUUUCCAAAGUACCUGGUACGAAGUCACCAAACUAUUUGUCUACGCUAACAUGUGCGGGAACCCGUUCAUUUACGCAAUGCAGUACAGACAAUUUCAAGUGGGACUAAAGCGAAUGUUUUGCUCCUGUAAGCGAGAAACACAGGUCAAUGCAGAGCGUGCCGAUAUGUCACAGUCACGUACAGGUGGAGACACGCUAGCUUGAAAAGAAAUUUGCACCUGUGGCACUUGAAGUGGACGGUUGGAGAACUAUUUCUUUAAAAGUUUUAUCAAAUAGCGUUAUUAAACUACCGGUAGAAUUGGUAAGAGACGUAAACGAAGAACAGUCACUGGUUUGCCCUACGUCAACGUAGUUUUUAAAAGCAUUGUCUGCUUUUGGUUUCCGACAUCUUUGGGGGAAAUUUUACAGUUAUUAUCUGCACAGUGGUAAGACUUGAACCCAUGAUUUCUAGUUCCUAAUGUUGAUAACCACUCGAGCAUCCAAAUUACGAAUUGGGAAUUGUGGGACCCUGAGAGCAUAGAUCAUUACGUUCGGCGAAAGGCACUUUGAGAUCAAACAUUCAAAUAAUAGUACACUCUAAAACUCCCGGGUCAAAUUGACUCAGAAUUGGGUCCUAUUCGGCGUGAC